AUGGCUCCGUUAAGAGUGCUAAGUGAUUUUACUGAUGACUUUCAAAACUUUUCGACGCAGCAUCCCGGAGAGCGUCAUCAUUUGAGGCACAGGAAUCACUCGCGGGACCAUUCGAGAAAUCAUUUCGUAGAUGUCAUAUCUAAUUCCAUAAUGGAGGCUAUUAAUACUAAAUUUGUGCCAGAGAACAGCGUGUUGCCAGAUAUGGAACCGCUCUCGACUCAUAUGGAUGGAGAAAGGCAUCCUUUGAGGAUGAAUAUUACCAUGAACAGAUCUGAUCUGGGUGUGAUUGAAAACGAAUUCAUGUAUAGACAUAGUGGGGCAAUGACCGCGGUAUACUGUGUGGCGUAUUUACUUGUUUUCAUAGUGGGUCUGGUUGGGAACUGUUUCGUGAUCGCGGUGGUGUACCGCUCGCCCCGAAUGAGAACUGUAACUAACUUUUUCAUAGUGAAUCUCGCCGUUGCUGAUAUAUUGGUUAUCGUUUUCUGUCUGCCCGCCACUCUGAUGUCCAACAUUUUUGUCCGUGAG